AAAGGAAUUAACUUUCACGUUCUUGAAUAAAUGGCGGCAUUACACAGUCACUUGUUUCGUCUAGUGCGCAGCUGACAGCACAGCUGUUUCGCCUUGCUUAUCAUAGGUUGUUAAAGUUGAUCUUCACUCUUAUUAUUUUUGUUCUUCAUUCAGCGGGCGAUUAAUAAGUGUCAAGUGUGAUCUCUGCCGAGAUGCAUUUGAAGAGUAAUAGGUGGGUUACGUGAGACUAUUUUGUGAGACGUAGAAUUGUUUUUUUGGCAUUUGAUUUGCAACUUGUGAUCAUUUUAAAUUUUACAAUGUCUCAAAAGUCGCAAGUGAUACAGCUAUACAAAACACUCCUUCACCUUGGACGUGAGUAUCCACAAGGCUACGACUAUUUUCGAACUCGGCUCAAGAGAGUCUUCAUGAAAAAUCGUGAGACAACGGAUCCCAAGAAAAUAGAAACAAUGAUUAUGCAUGGUCAGUAUGUGGUAAAAGAACUGGAGGCGUUGUACAUGUUAAAGAAAUAUCGCACCUUGAAAAGGAGGUAUUAUGGAGAUCAAUCUUAGAAAGAGGUUGGAGCAAUUAAUCAUUUUAUGUAGUUCAUUUUAAGUACUUUUAUGAAGAAUAUUUUUUUAAAAGGAGUGUACUAGUUGUCCUGUUCUACAGAUAACCAUUAUUGAUAGUAAAAUACAGGUAAAACAUCGAUUGCUAAAUGAGAAAAUUCCAAGAUAUCUUUUGUAGAUCAGUUCAUGUGAAUAUUUGUUAUAUUUGUAAAUUUGUUGAUUAAAAUGUAAAUUUAAACAGAAGUGUUUUAUUUAAUGUACUCUAGUACCUGCAUUCUGAUAUGCGAUAUUCACUUAUUAUAAAUGUAAAAUAAGCCAGUAAUGUGUUAGGCAAAGACUGUGCAUAUACAUUUUAGUUUAAACAUAUUACUCUUGUAAACUCUUGUAAUGAGCUUUGUUUUUCAUUGUAUUGCACAAGUGGUAAUGGUAAUUUUAGUGUUUCUCAAGACUGAAUGUUCUUAAAUUGAUAUGUCAACUAGUUUACAAAUUCUGAUUAUGAUCUUUGGAUUUUAGAAAUAUAUUUUUAUAUCAUUAUUUUAAACAUUUUAUGCCAUUUUUUUAAGACAUUUUAAGGUCAAAGUUCUUGUAAGUCAUGAUUUCAUUAUUGUCAUUAAUUUAUUUUUCCUUUUCUUACUUUCAUAACAAUUUUUCUCUUUGAGAAGAAUUUUGUGCCUUUUUAAUUAGGAUUAUCUUUUAUUUAUUAACUUUGCUAAUUAUUACAUAAACAAUACAUCGUACACCAUUUGUCAUUAAAUUAUAGCAUUUGUAAAUGAUUUCUCCAUCAUACAACCAAUUGUGUAGGCAAUCUAGUGAUGAAUAAUAUCUUAAAAUAAUUUUCAAAUAUGAUACUAUUUAAAGGUGUGGUCUGCAUGUAAAUUUAGUAGAAUCAAAACUUAAUUAGCCAAGUUCUUUUGUAUGGUGAGGAAAAGGUACUUCACAACACACAUUUAAUGUAAUACCAUUGAAAUCCAGUAGGUUUUCUCCCUGUACCUUCAGAAUAGAAGAAGCAGAGUGUGCGAGUCUUCUGGAAGAAAAUUGUUACACUUGUAGCUCUGAAACAGUAUGUAUUUAAAAGUGUUUUGGAUAAUGGUGUUGUAGCUCAUAUUUAAGGCACAGAUUAACAAAAUUCUGUUUCUUGGUUGGGCUGCAAUAAUAUAUAAACAGGAUGUAUAAUCCGUCAGUGUGGCAACACCUUUCUCCACAUCUUUUGAUGUAAAGGCCAUUUAUUAAAACAAUUACAUUUCGAUAGCAACUAGAUGCCUAAUUUUGUAAAGGGAAUGUCCUUAAUUUGAUAAAAUUAUGUCCUGGAAUCAUGUACAGCCAAGCACAUUAGAGAGUAUGCUGGGGUUAUAUCAUUCUUAGUAGAAAUGUAAAUGUGUAGAAAUCAUAAUGAAUUAAUAACAUUUUUCAAACUUCAUAAUGUUUGAAAAGAAUGUAGAAACAAUAUUGGAUUUUUAUGAAAAAUUAUAUUUUGUAUAUUCAAGGUAAUAGUCAUUACAACUUGAUUUUACUGCUAAGAAAAUAAUUUCAUAUCACAGAUUAUGCCCAUUGGUAGCAAAUUCAGAAAAACCUUAAAACUAUUAAUAUUUCUCCUUGACUAGCCAUGUUGUGAAGGGUGAUUUUCAACGGGCAAUAUUGUUAUAUUUGAUAUAAUUAUGUCAGAAAAUAUAUUUGGAUUGGUAUAUUGUAGACUUACAUUCGUUCACACCACAUGAAUAGGUAGAUCGUAUUUUGCAUAUCAAUAAAGGUAGAAAGAUAAUUGAUAUUAGCAUAACUAAAAAAAUAUUUGUGCCAUUUAAAUACACAUAAUUCUAUAAAUGAAACCAGUUCUUACAUAUAUGUAUUGAACAGUUCAUGCAGCAUUAAAAAAAGUCAUUACAAAUGAUGAAAGGUACCGUAAAAGCAUGAGGCAGUGGACUAUUCAGUUAUUUGUACGAUCUCUUACUUUCUUGGUAUUGGUUUCUUUAUUAAUUUCGAAUACAUUUCAUAGCAUUUAUUUUCACUAGAGUAGGCAUAUGAUGGUGCCGCUGUAUGCUGAUACAAUUUGAAAAUUGUAGAUCAAAAGUACAAAAUUUGAAAUCUUCGUCUAUAGGUGUAAUUUGAAUAAGUUUAAUUAAAGUGUUGUUGUUAUUAUUAUUAU